GUCAAGUUAGUUUGGAUGUAUCUUUGCUGGGCCUGUGCCCCAUUUAAAUGAAAUGAUUUACGUAUUGACCAUCAAAAAAAAAAAAAAAAAAACAAAACAAAUAUGUACAAGAAAUUCCAAGACUCUAUUUUUCAUACACUGAUACAACAAAAGAAAUGAGUGAAUGACCGAUAAUUAAGUCAAUGCUAGUAUUAAUUGACUUGAUUAAUACUAGUAGAUGCUCAAAAACAAAAGCCAAUACUAGUAGAUAUCGCAGGAAAAGGAUUUUUUUUUUUCUUUCAUAAUCAUCAUCCAUGGAUUCCCCUCCCCAAGGUUAUAGGAAAAACGCUGGUAUUUGUCUCAUCAAUUCUUCUAAAAAGAUUUUUGUAGCUUCAAGGCUAAAUAGACCCAAUGUUUGGCAAAUGCCUCAGGGUGGUAUCGAUGAGGGUGAAGAUCCUAGAAGUGCGGCCAUCAGGGAAUUAAAAGAAGAGACAGGAAUCAGUUCAGCAGAAGUUAUUGCAGAGGUACCUUAUUGGUUGACAUAUGACUGGCCUAAAGUCAAGGAAAAUCUUAAGGGUCAAGCACAGAAGUGGUUUCUUCUUAAAUUUACUGGGAAGGAGGAAGAAAUCAAUCUUUUGGGUGAUGGGACUGUGAAAGCUGAAUUUGGUGAAUGGUCAUGGAUGUCUCCAGAACAAGUAGUUGAGCUUGUAGUGGAUUCUAAGAAGCCUGUUUACAAAGAAGUUAUGACAGUUUUUGCUCCAUAUUUUCAGUAAACUUAGGUUGAUGAUUGAUGUAUUGACUAUUUGGUUGCUUCCAGAUAGGCAGUCCAAUAAUUAACCGAAUGAGCUAGUUCAAAACAGGAAAGUCAUUUAAUGAGCCAUGGUUGACUGGGAUAUAUAUACUGGAUAUCAGCUUGCAGGUCCAAGUCGUUGUAAAUGAAUGAUGUUUUACUGGUUUCAAAUACUGUCAUUCAACAGCUUAGGCUAUUCUGAUGAGUGUUUUUUUUUUUCAAUGCGAAUACUCGCAAAGCUCAUAAGUUUAUUGAGAUGAUUCUAUCUGUGGCUUUUAUCUA